GAAAGUGCUGUCCUGAACGCCGUCAACAAUGAGAGUGGUGAGAGAUUUGCCAUAAAAGUUUACAAGACCAGCCUCACCGAAUUUAAGAACAGGUCAGAGUACGUGAAGGACGACUUUCGAUUCAAGAAUCCUCGUGGAGUGCUGAAGAUUUGGGCUGAACGCGAGUUCAUGAAUCUCUCCAGAAUGAUCAAAUGCGAACUUCCUUGUCCAGUACCGAUAAAGCUGAAGCGUCAUCUCCUGCUCAUGUCGCUGAUCGGCGAGAAUGGAGCGGCGGCACCACGCCUGAAGAACAUCGAUUGGGAGUUUUCCACUGUCGAAGAGAGAAAGGACAUUUUUUCACAGGUCAUCAAUAUUAUGAAUCGAAUGUACAGGGACUGUAAACUUGUGCAUGGAGAUCUAAGCGAGUUCAACUUGCUCUUGUCGGAAGGAAAGGUUGAACAGUUUUCUGAAGAGAAUCGCGCCAACCAGGUAAACAAAUCCAAGCCGGCUGACUUCGAAUGGGCCGCUUACAAUGCAGAAAGGAAGGAACUCCGUGACGAUUCGCCCGCACGAGACUACAAUUGA